AUGGCCAUUCGCUUCGGCUCCAGAGUGUUGAAGAGAGCUGAAGGGCGGUUCGCCGGUCUGCGAGCGUGGGAGCGCCUGUUCGCCCAGCAAGGCAUUGCUGAAGCAAACACUGAUCAACAGGUCCAAGGGCUGCUUUCUCGCCGGUUGCUCAGCACCCAAAACCUGCCCUUGACUCUGUGCACCAUUUCCACUGCUGGCCUGGGGGUUUUCAACCAUGGGGGUCCGGCUGCUGACUGUCGUUGGCAUUCCCAAGCUGGCCAUGUCAGCCUGCACCAGCGAUCCUCAUCAACAGUGGCUGUCAGGUCAGGCCUGGAAGGUGGUGACGAUGCCGAUGCCUCGGGGCAAUUGGGCAUUCUGCGGUCAGAGGAAGUCCUUGUGGGAGCCUGGAAAGUGGAAUUGGAGACCGGUAAACUUGCCCGGCUAGCGGAUGGAAGCUGCAUGGGCAGGAUGGGAGACACAUGCGUGUUGUCUACAGUUGUCUGUGAGAGAAGCCCUCAGCAGGCCCCGUCUGACAUGGUCCCAUUGCAGGUGCACUACAGGGAGAAGCUGUCCGCAGUUGGGGAGAUUCCUCGCAACUUCACCCGUCGUGAAGGAAACCCCAAAGAUAGGGAGGUCCUGUGCAUGAGGUUGCUGGACCGUGCCAUUCGUCCAUUGUUUCCCCCUGGCUUCUGUCACGAAAUUCAGGUGACGACAUUGGCACUCUCCAUUGACGGUGAAAAUGACACAGACAUGUUAUCCAUCAACACGGCUUCGGCGGCGCUCACAUGCUCAAGCAUUCCAUGGAAUGGGCCUGUGGGGGCGGUCCGAAUAGCAUACACAGGCGGCCAGCCCGUCGUCAACCCCACUGCCAGUGAGCUCAAGGAGGCCCAGAUGGAGCUUGUGUACGCAGGCACACAAGACAGGACAGUCAUGAUGGAGUGUGAUGCAUCUGAGGUUCCAGAAGAUGUGCUGGCCGACAUGCUGAGACUCGCCCAUCAAGAAGUCCAGAAACUGCUGGAGCUGCAGAGCAGGCUAGUGUCCCCCAAUGCCGAGACAAAGCGCAAGAUCUUCCUCACUGCUGCUGACGCUGAGGCUGCUGAAAGGGUUGCGAGCCUGGCGGCUCCCCUGAUUGAAGACAUGUUCCGGAGGCCUGGCAUGCGAAAGGCAGAGCGCUCGUCUGCACGCAGAGAGGCCAAGAGGGCGGUCCUACAGCAGCUCCAGGAGCAAGGGGCCAUGAGACGAGACAACGACAGGGUGCCAGGCUCUGGAUGCGUGUCGCAAGCCGACCUGGACAUCGCCUUUGCUGCAGCCGAGGCCAGAGCGCUGCGGGGGAUGGCACUUACGGAGGGCCUGCGCAUUGAUGGACGCGGCAUCCAUGACAUCAGGCCCCUCGAGACUGAGGUAGAGGACCAGCAGCCGGCAAGCGGUUGCCCGCUGCUAGAGGCACUGCAGACUCGUGAUGUGUUCUUAUUGAAAAGCUCAAAAGCAAACCCACGGAACAGUUGA